UGUCUCCAGUGGGCCUCUGCAUCCACAUCUGACCAGUCGGCGAGGGCGACUCCAGUUUCCGCACCAGAUGACCAAUCAAGAGGACGAGGGACGCCCAGGCGACGGCGGCAGCGGCGGCGGCAGCGUCGUGUCGCAAGGGUUGCCUGUCCCACAGGCGCCAGCCGAGCCCCGCUCUCUCUUCGACGUCGCGCAAAGCGACGUUAGUUCCGAGGAGGGCACUACCGAAACAGCUCUCACUGCAGUCCCUCAAGAUGAUGACGAAGUGUUCGUGGGCGAGACGCAGCACAAGCUGCAGUUUGGGCCGGCGUAUGGCGGUUCUGCGGCAGAUCUCCGUACAGCCGCCCGCCAGUCGGCGCCCGACGAAGCUCCGCCAGUUAGGCGCUACAGGGGCUCCCAGUCGACCGAGAACCUGCCCUACGCUGUUGAGCAGUCGCCGCCACUCAGGGGGGCAGCGCGUCGUUCCGACAGGGGGAACGUGGUGAGGCAACACCGCUUCCACAGUGAUGGCGACGUCCUAGAGGACGAGCUUCGUUACGGCGCGCUGUCCAGAAGCGGAACGGAGUGGUACCAACCACCACCCUUACAACGACAAAUGAGCGAGGACAUGCUAUGUGCCAGGUGCUACAGGGACCCCCAAUCAAACAGCAAUCAACAGUUUCCUGAUGACGAACAACUGCGGCAAAAGAAGGUGGCGUACCACCUUCCGGACAGACUGGACGCAGCGAGGCACCAUCGCUUCCACAGCGCGGGCGACAUCCUCGAAGAAGAGCCCGUGGUACAACUGAGGCGAAAAUUGCGGCAGGCUGAGCAGCUGGAACGGACGUCUUCACUCUCGCGAAACGUCAACGGCUACCGUGGUAGUCUUCCUCCGCAGCGAACUUCGUCAUCCAGGGUCUCUAGCAUUGGUGACAAGAUGGUGUUGCAAAUGGCACUGCCACAAAGAAUCACACAACAGUCACGACCCAACAGUCUGCCUGUCUCUGUUGAUUCUUAUUCUGCCUCACAAAGACGAACCAUUAGUGCUUCAAGUAGUCGGCAGGAUCUGCUGCCUAGGUCAGCAAGCCGUCAAUCGAAUGACUCGGUAUUUCUUGGAUCCUUAGUAUCAACUACAGAUCUUGCACCAACUGAGCAACAGGAGAAGAUUAGGUCUUUCUGGUAUUUGUUGACAAUAGUCUUAAGCAGCAUCUAUGCUGUGUUCCUUGUCAGUGUGGGUCUCCUAAUUUAUAUUUCUGACAUUUUCAUAGAUGUUAGUCCAGUGUCUGAGAUUUUCAACAUCUAUCUAGUAUGUGUUGGUCUACUGUAUUUUGUCUUCUUAUAUAUUGACAUAACAUGCUACACAAGGAAAGAAAAGGCAAAAACAUGUGUAAGUCAUGAAGCUGAGUCAAUGGAGUAUGUUGAAUAUGUGGAGUCACCAGAGGGUGACCUAAAUGUCUCAGUGCCUGUGCCGAGUGCCAAAUUAGCAAAAAAUGUUGAAGAUAUGCCAGAAGAAACAACAGUGCAUCAAUACUGUUUCAGUCAAGGACGACAUUCUGGGAGUUUUUAUCUCAAAUUGGGGGCUGCAGUGUUCUGCUUUGGACAUUUAACACACUAUGGACUUCUAAUAGGAUCAGAAUUUAUUUCGUUGACAUCAGCAACAGAUGAAAUUCAUUCUUGUACGAAUGUUCUUAUGCUUGUCCUGGAUAUUAUUUAUCCUGUGUACUCAUUUUUCCAACUGUUUUUCAUAUUCAAAUAUUCAAAUGUAAUAAUAAAUAAGCUACAGAUUUUAGGAAGAUUUGCAUUGAUGCAUUGUAUAGCAACCAGUAUUUGCUUCUGGAUGUGGACCAUCAUGCGUGAAACACUGCUUGCUCUGAAUGGAUAUAGCAGUUCAAGUGAAAACUACAUAUCAGUGAUGGAAAGUGAAUCUCCUGUUGCUAAUUUAUUUAAAAAAUUAAGAUCAGUACUGGUGGAUGCGUUUCUGGAAUCCAGCAAUAACAGCAGUGUUAACACUUUUAUUGAUCCUUAUUGUUCAAAUUAUACUGGAAUGUCACUCAUUUACCAAAAUGUUUCUCCGUAUUUAUACCCUUUCUCAAUUGAGUACAGUAUUCUUAUAGCUGGUGUUUUGUACAUCAUUUGGCAGAAUAUAGGGCAAUGCGGCACAGUGACAGGAGGGCACUGCAAGCUCUUGAUGAACCCUGAAAGCAGUAAUUUGUCCAUUCAUGUUGACUGUCAUUCAGCAAAUAAAGGACUCUUUGCUGGAAUCAUUGUGCUUUUAACUUCUGUCGUGAGCAUCAUACUAUUUUUUGUUGCAGUCACUGAUUCAAAUUAUGUGACUAUUGGAGUGGAUGUACAUAUGUGGACAGAAUUUGCAAUUCUGAUUCUCAUGACAGUUACAGUCUUGUUUGCAUACUGGCAAAUAAUAACUUUGGAUGUUAAUGAACACCCUAUAUCACUCCUAGAUGAUUUGUUGCUUGCAGUCUGCUUGCCAGCUUAUUUCUUCUAUGCAAUAUUAAGCCUUUAUCCAUCUGUUGUAUACAGUGAGAUAGUCUUUAGUACCAUCAUCUUGCUUCGGGUCUUACAAGUGCUAAUACAAACACCAUUCAUCAUUGAUGGUCUUCGCCGCUGUAGCAACACUAGAUCACUUCGACAGAAAAAGCCAGGACGUGAAGUUGUGACGCUUUUGAUAGUGUGCAAUAUUGCAUUGUGGAUGAUGCAGACAUUUGAAAUAAAAUCUAGUGGUACAAAGGAUCAUAGAUACGAUUUUUAUGGGAAAAGAGCAUGGACAAUUAUAGGACAUUUGCCUAUACCAUUAAUGAUGUUCUAUAGGUUUCACUCUUCUGUAUGCUUGGUGGACAUAUGGAAAUCUGCAUAUGAGCCCGGAGAAUGAUGACUGUGUAUCAUCAGACUAAAAACUGAAUUAGUCAAACUGGAUGCAAGCAGUUAUGUGAAAAAGGAGAGAGGUGUACUGAAACUCUCACUGCUAAAUUCCAUAUGAAAAAUACUCAGUCAAUAGUUAUAAAGUAGUAUGUAUUUAUUUUCAUUGUAUUGAUUCUUUUUUAAUUGACUGAAUGAGAACAGACUAUAGUUGUUACUUUAUUUGAGAAUCAGCAAUCAUUAAUAUUAUACUGUUGUCAGUAUUCGUUAAACUUUGUUUAAUGCUUACAUGUGAUAAAAUCUCAUUUAUGAGCUAUGAUGGAUUUUCAUUGCUGUUGAUAACAGACAGUAACUGUAUGUUUCCCUGCGUGUCUUUCUUUGUGGAACAAAGUGUACUAUCCUUCUUUCCAGUAUAAUACUUAGAUAAUACUGAUUUGUAUGUUAUAUUUGUGUUCACUUUGGUCAGCAAUGUAUAAAUAUCACCUUCAGGUAUUUAGCUAGAGUAAUAAAUGUUAUUAUGAAUAAAA